UCUUCUCCGCUUACCCUUAUUUUGCAUUUAUUUGACCCUGGUUGCUCUUCGGUUCUCUUCUCCGCUUCUUUUUCUUCCACCUCUCCAUUUCCUUCUCUCUCAGGCGACGAAGAAGAUAGUUUUCCGUUUUCGGUCUCAUCAGAUCUAUCGGUUCCAGUUGGGGUUUACGCGAUCGGUCGAAUUCAUCUGCCUCCUCUUUCUGGUGAGGGUUUGAUCUGAUUCGUCCUUUUCAGGUUUCGAUUUUCCAAGAAGUUUGUGGGAUUCGGAUUUCGGAAGUUGUUGGAAGUAGUAAGCGCUUCUGGUCUUCCGAUCAUCGACCAGAAUCGGAAGUUCAGUGGGUCUGGUGUUGUGGAUUUGUCUCUAUUGGAUUUAUACGGAGGUUUGUGUUGAUUUGGGCUUCUACGAUCUCAUUUGGGUUCUAAGAGGUUAAAUUAGGGUUUUCUUUGCGGAGAUGUUGGGGACGGGAUUGCAGUUCGGGCGUGCCCAUGGAGAGGAUCGAUUUUACAAUCCGGUGAAAGCAAGGAGGAAUCAUCAACAACAACAGCAGCAGCAGCAGCAGCAACAACAACAACAACAACAACAACAACAGCAACACCAACAAUCACAGCAACAACAAAUUCAAAGAACUCGGAGUAAUGGACCUGUGAACACGGCAGUGGCGACGAAGGGCAAGGCCGUUGUAUCAGACAACAGAGAGCUGGAAAACAGAGUGGGAUCUGACGAGACGUCGAAGCCUAUGGCUAUGCCGGCUUCAGAAUCAGUUAUAGGUCCUCCCAGUAAUCUCGAUCGUUUUCUGGAGUCAACAACACCAUCUGUUCCUGCGCAGUACCUCUCUAAGACAAGAAUGAGGGGUUGGAGGACUUGCGAUGUGGAAUUCCAGCCCUACUUCACCCUCGGAGAUCUGUGGGAAUCUUUUAAGGAAUGGAGUGCAUAUGGCGCAGGGGUGCCUUUGAUACUGAACGGCAGUGAUUGUGUCGUCCAAUAUUAUGUCCCCUAUUUGUCCGGCAUCCAAAUAUAUGGUGAAUCAAGGUCGUCGGCCAAGUCGAGGCGACCUGGGGAGGACACUGAUGGCGAUUAUUAUAGAGAUUCAAGUAGUGAUGGAAGCAGUGAUUGUGAGCUUGAAAGGGGCGUGAAAUCCUCAAGAGAGCUGUGGAAUUGUCACCAUCUAACUAGUGAGGUUCCUCUUCGUAUGGACAGAUUGUCUUUGGGAGACAAGCAUGUUUCUAUACAAGAAGGCUUUUCUAGUGACGAUGGUGAAGCUGGGAAUUCACGAGGUCGCUUGCUUUUUGAGUUUUUUGAACAGGAUCCUCCUUACAGCCGUGAACCUUUGGCUGACAAGAUCUCAGAUAUUGCAUCCCGAUUUCCUGGACUUAAGACACUCAGAAGUUAUGAUUUGCUUCCAGCCAGUUGGGUUUCUGUGGCAUGGUAUCCAAUAUACAGGAUACCCACAGGACCAACAUUAAGAGAUCUGGAUGCUUGUUUUUUGACAUUCCAUUCUCUUUCUACUCCUAUUCGAGUAGGUGCUGGAGGUGGACAGGCUCCUCCUGUCGUGACCUAUCCCAAUGGGAUGGAUGGUGUCCCCAAGAUUUCCCUGCCUGUUUUUGGGCUGGCCUCUUAUAAGUUCAAGGGGUCAAUGUGGACUCCAAAUGGAGGAUGUGAGCGUCAAUUGGCAAACUCACUCUUGCAGGCUGCAGACAACUGGUUGAGGUUGCUUCAGGUCAAUCACCCAGACUUUCAGUUCUUUGCUUCACAUGGUACAUUUCGGAGGUGAAAAGAGAAUAUGCUGUAGCUGCAUUGCCUCUUCCAUUCACCAAGGAAGGCCCAACCUAGUCCAUGGUUAAUACGAUGAUAGACUGAGGGUUACCAUUGUGAAAAUCUAGAUGGCAACCCUCAGGGAUUGCCCUUGGGAAAGUUUCCUUCAUCUUACUGAUCAAGAGAAGGAAAAAAAAAAAAAAAAAAAAAAAAAACGAAAAUGAAAAGAAAAAGAAAAAAGAGGAUAAAAGUGAUGAUGCCAUGGAAGGAGAGGAAGCAGAAUAACCGCUCAAGAAUGUGAAAGAAAAGCUACAAAAGCAGUCUCUGUGGUAGCUGAGGUAGACCAAGCUUAAAAGAAAUGGUAUGACAUGAUAAGUGGGUGGUUGGGUGAGUUUCUUCAUGCUUGUUGGAUUAUAUAUAUAUAAUUUAUAUAUUUCAUGCUAACUUUCAAGGGGAUUUUGAAGUUUAAUGAUGUAUAAGAGGGCUAAAUUUGAGUUGCCCUUUGUUUGGUAUCUCUUGAAGACUAACCUGUGUGGUUUGGCCACCCGAAAAAGAGGUUUAAAAAAAAAAAAAAAAAGAAUUAGUGAAACUUAUGGUGUUGAGCAAUUUGGUAUGUUAAUGGAAACUGAUGUUUAGAU